CUGCUCUGCUCCUUCUGUUCAGCUCUUCCAAGAAGACACUUCGGUUCGUGUCUCUUGAGCACUCAGCAGCUCUUCAUUCGAGCUCCCGCGGGUUGCAGAAGUAAGCUAGCAGAAUGGCUGACGAGAAGAUUCACAUCAACAUCGUGGUUAUCGGCCAUGUCGAUUCAGGGAAGUCCACAACCACCGGUCACAUGAUUUACAAGCUGGGAGGAAUCGACCAGAGUGUCAUCGACCGUUUCGAGGAGGAGGCUACCGAGAUGAACAAGCAGUCUUUCAAGUACGCGUGGGUGCUUGACAAGCUCAAGGCUGAGCGCGAGAGAGGUAUCACUAUCGACAUCGCCUUGAUGAAAUUCGAGACAUCCAAAUACUCGUGCACUGUGAUCGAUGCUCCCGGCCACAGGGACUUCAUCAAGAACAUGAUCACGGGAACAUCUCAGGCCGAUUGUGCUCUGCUCAUGAUCGACUCCACCACAGGAAGUUUUGAGGCUGGAUUCUCGAAAGAUGGCCAGACUCGGGAGCACGCUCUUUUGGCCUUCACUCUGGGAGUGAACCAAAUGAUCUGCUGCUGCAACAAGAUGGACGCCACAUCUCCACCUUACUCCCAGGAAAGGUACGAGGAGAUCAAGCAGGAAGUGUCGGGUUACUUAGAACUGGUGGGAUACAAUCCAGAAAACAUCCCGUUCGUCCCCAUCUCAGGAUUCCAAGGAGACAAUAUGAUCGAGAAAUCCGAGAAUCUCGAAUGGUACGAAGGGCCCACACUGCUGGAAGCUUUGGACAACUUGCGCGAGCCUGAGAGACCCACCGACAAGCCAUUGAGGCUGCCCCUUCAGGACGUAUACAAGAUCGGAGGCAUCGGAACUGUCCCCGUUGGUCGCGUCGAGACUGGUGUGAUCAAGCCCGGUAUGGUGGUGUCCUUCGCUCCGACUGGACUGACUGCCGAGGUGAUGUCCGUGGAAAUGCACCACCAAGCUCUGAAUGAAGCAUUGCCCGGUGACAACGUGGGAUUCAGCGUCAAGGAUGUAUCAGCCAAAGAGUUGAAGCGGGGAUUCGUGGCUUCGGACUCGGAGAACGAUCCUGCAAGGGAAGCAGCGAGCUUCACGUCGCAGGUGAUCAUCAUGAACCACCCGGGACAAAUUGCCAAUGGCUACGCACCGGUGCUGGACUGCCACACGUCUCACGUCGCUGUGAAGUUCGCAGAGCUGCAGUCGAAAAUUGACCGCCACUCGGGAGAGGAGCUGGAGAAGGAGCCCAAGUUUUUGAAGAAUGGAGAGGCGGGAAUUGUGAAGAUGAUCCCCACCAAGCCCCUCACUGUGGAGACAUUCGCAGAGUACCCUCCUCUGGGUCGUUUUGCAGUCCGGGACAUGCGACAAACUGUGGCGGUGGGAGUGAUCGUGGCAGUCGAAAAGAAGGACGCUUCCUGUGAAAAGUGAGGGAAGCAAGCAAGCAAGAACCAAAUUUGUCACCGGGAACGUCGAAUUGUAUAGACAGCAACCUCGAUCCUACAUUUGGAAACAGAGGUGAGUGACGGAGAUGGUCGUGCCCACAUGGGUAUCAUGGAUCGAUUAGCCAGAUUAGAAGAAUCUGAUUACAGAUAGUACAGAAGGCAGGGAUACAAAUUCCUUGGAGGUCGUACCGUUUCAUGCAAAUUCAGUUCAAUUACUUUGGUAGCCAUCGCAUUCAAUCACAUGAGUGACAAAUCAUUCGGAGGAGAGAAAAGGCCGGAACAGAGCAACCAAGAGAAAACAUAUUUCUCACGAUCAGAGAGGACGAAGAUAACUUUCUCAGAAGGAGCGAACGAGAGAAUCGAAGGAUCUAGGAGGAAAAGAGAGGAGGCAGGCCAUUCAAAUUCCAACAUCCACUUGAGAGCCAGGAUAGGAGAUCGGACCGGUUAGAAAACAGGCUACUGUAGAGAUUGCUGCCCAGAAUAGCAUGAGAGUGUCUGAUAUGGCUUGAAUUCGGAACGACUUGCUGAGUGAA